AUGGCACCGAGUAGCAAACCAAAGAAAAAAGGGAUGGCAUCGACAACGGUACAACAGUUGAGGAAUGACCUCGAAGAAUGCAAGGCCGAGGUCGGCAAGAUGGAGGAGAUCGUCCGGAACAUCAACACGGCGAUUUCCAAGGCCGAGUCUUUGAAGAUCGAGAACGAAACGAUGACCCACCUGCGCGAGCAAAAAGCCCAGCUCGUCAAGGACAUCGACAACUACAAGCACAUGUUGCAGGAAGCAGAAGAUCUCAAGAAAUCCUGGGACAAGAAUGACACUGCCAUGCAAACGAUCGACCACGACCGCCAAUUCCAAGAUGGAGCCAAUCGCUUCGAAAUCCACGUCAGCAACCUUGAAAACAUGGACAAGAAGCUUAUUUCUCCUGCCAAGGCCGAGCAGGACCGCAUUUCUUUCCGAAGAAUGGAGUCUGAUGGAGUUAUCAAUGACUUGCCAAUUGUUUUCGAAUUUGGUCUCUUGGCCCGACACCAGAUGGGCGGCUGGGAAGUUACCGAAGAUCAGAAGAAGGACGACUACUUUUCCUUUACUUUCCGAUGGGACGAAGACAACGCCACGAAGGAACAAAAGGAUGAUCUCGAAUCGCUCAGAAUCAAAGCCACCUCGAUCGUGAUUCUUUACGACGAAGCGACCAACUCCAUCGUUAAUUUUGACGUUGAGCCCGGCUUCGAGCAUCAGUGGGGUUAUGGCCGACAGCGAUUCUUGCAGCAGUCUGUUCUUCGAAAAAACUCCCAAGCCGUCUUCGCCAAAGCAAUCCUGAAAGACUGGUCGGAACAGCACGAAUAUGAGCUCGGCAAGUUGACCAUUUCGCUGCUCAAGGACUCGAAGAAUCAAAGAUCUGACACUCUUGAGCUCGUUAAACUGAUCACCCAGAUGGCCGAAAAAGAACAAGUGUGGCAAGAACAAAAGAUCGAGGCCGAGAAGAACACACUUCUUUUGGAAAGUCAGAUCCAGCAGCUCACUCUUGAGCGAGACACCCUUAAGUUGCAGAUGACUUCGCUGGAGACAUCGCUGACUGCGAUCAAGACCGAGCUCGCAACUCUCCAAGAAGAAGCAGCCCAGACUCCAUGCGGCAACGACGGCAUCAAGGGUGGCGAUACUGGCUCCAACCAAAUCCAGCCAGAUUUGCAAAAGAAGGUUGACAAGCUCACAGAAGAGCUCGAAGCAGUCAAAGCCGCCAAGGAGGCCCAAGCCGCCGAUCUUCAGUCCCAAAUCGACGAGCUCACCAAGCAACUGGCCGCCAAAGACGCCGAAAUCUGCGUCGCCAACGACAAACUCGCCGAGCUCCAAAACAAAAUCGAAACCUUCGAGAGCCAGGUCGACACGCUCACCUGUCAAGUCAACGAUCUCACCAAGAAACUGGCCGACUGCGAGGGCGAAAAACAGAAGCUGUCCGAUGUGCUUGAUAUUGUCGAGCAGAAUGUGGCGACGCUCACGGCUCUUGUCGAAGAGCUCAAAAAAGAGAACGAAGCACUCAAAGCAGAGCUCGAAGCAGUCAAAAAAGCCGCCGAGGACGCCGCAGCCGCCGCUGCUGCCGAAAAGGCCGAGCUGGAAUCAAAGGUGUGCACUCUUGAAGCGGAGCUGACAACUGCCAAAGAAGAAAUCACUCGACAAGAGGCCGAAAUCGCCAAUUUAGAUGGCAUUGCUUACAAAUAUUGCGAAGACGCGAAAGCCCGCACCGACGAUUUCAACCAGGCGGCGGCGCAAUUGGCCUCGGCCAAGGAAGCGCAAGAUGCUCAGAAGCUCGAGAUCCAGAAAGCUAUCGAUAUUCUCCAAGCCUGCCUUGCACAGCCUGAUAUCGCCGUCCCUUCUCCCGUCGAAAAUAAUGUUGAUUGCACGCAAUACAAGGAUACUGUAGUACCACCGCCUCAGCCAGAGAAAAAGCCCGAGCCUGAGCCGGAUGUAAUUGUAGCUGAACCUGAGCCAGCCCCUGAGCCAGAACCAACUGUUGUUGAGGAGCCUAAGCAAGAAGCAGCCUGCUCGUCAUCGUCUUCUUCUUCGUCUUCCUCCUCGUCAUCGGACUCAUCGGACAACGAAUCUGUUGUUGAUAAUGGAUAUGUCGAGCCUCCAGUCGUCGAUGAAGACAUGAUCAUUGCCGAAAAAGUGAAAGAUGCCCCAAAGCCACAGUUUUUCCCACCAAAAACGGAAGAUAAAAACCCCGUCGUUCCAGAGCAACAGGCUGCUCAAAAGUCUCCACCAGCUUCACCGACUCAGGCGCAAAGCACGGAAAUUCCCUUGGAUCGACAAUCGCUGAGCUCAGUGGGAUCAAAGAAGAAGCAAAAGAAGCUCAACCCGGUCCUGCGAGCUCUCGGCUGCUUCGGCAAAAACUCGUGGGGGGAAAAAGACAAAACAGUUGCCAAGGAUUAA